CCAAUUGCUCCCUAUUGUUUUGCGUCUCCGGCGGCGAUGACGUCAGUGGCAGUUGCAGUGAACGGUGGCUCCGGCGGAGGAAGAGGCAGGGGAAGCAGACGAGCUGUUCGGUGGGCGGUUAAGAAUCUCAUGCCCAAAGCAGAUCGCUUCGUCUUAGUCCAUGUUAUGCCCAAAAUAACUGCAAUCCCGACUCCGUCAGGAGAGCAUAUUCCUGUGGAAGAACUGGCUGAAAAUGUGGUGGAGAUGUACAUGGAGGAUGUGAAACUAAAGUUUGAAGAAAUCUUUGUCCCAUUUCAGGAACUAUGCAAGACAAGAAAGGUGGAAACUUUGCUUCUGGAGGAUAAUGAUCCAGCAACUGCACUUCUUAGAUAUGUAUCUGAGUCAGGAAUUAAGAGUUUAGUAUUGGGCUCUUGCUCCUUAAAUUUUGUUAUGAGGAAGCUAAAGGGACCAGGAGUACCAACCACUGUUCUGAGAGGUGUUGCUGGCAUUUGCGAUAUUUAUAUUGUAUCUAGAGACAAUAUAGUUACAAAACCAGCUGGUUCCUCAUCCACUGGUGAUUAUGGGGAAGUUUCCGGUGACAAUACUGAACAAAUAUCUGGGCUUCAUUCUCCCCAUGUAGAACCCAAGGUUCAAAAAAGCUUCGGAGCAUCAUCAAUAUCACAGCUUAGUUACCUAAAUUCUCAGAUAUUAACAAAUAUGGAUUCUUCUGCAAAUGCGGAUUCUUCUGAAAAUUCCAUUUUAGAUCAGGAAAGGAAUCAUCGCAACUUUGGAGGCGACAUUGAAACUAUCAAGCUCUGCAAUUCCUUCUGCUCUACAAUAUCUGGGCAGUCAGAUAUGCAAGCUGCUGAAGUAGAACAACUGCAACUGGAAAUUCAGAAUACUGUUGCCCUGUACAAACGAGCCUGUGAAGAGCUGGUUCAUGCUCAAAACAAUGUUGAGUUAGUUUCUUCUGAAUGCCUUGAAGAGGCUAGAAGAGUGAAUGCUGGUCUAGAAAGAGAAGAAGCUCUUAGAAAAAUUGCUGCUGAAGAUAAAGCCAAGUAUUUGGAAGCUAUAAAGGAGGUUCAGGAGGCAAAAAAGGUGCUUGCUAAAGAGGCUAAUGAAAGGAAGAUGGCUGAACUGAAUGCCCUCAAGGCUUCCUUGGGGAAACAGACAAUUGUUGAUGCACUAUUCUCUGGAGACUUGAGGUACAGAAGGUAUACUAGGGAUGAAAUAGAGGCAGCAACCGAAUUCUUCUCUGAGAGUAAUGUGAUUGGUGAAGGUGGGUAUGGGAAAGUUUACAAGUGCAGUCUUGAUCACACUCCAGUAGCUGUGAAGGUUCUAAGUCAUGAUGCAACUGGCAAGAAAGAGGAGUUUCUCAAAGAGGUUGAAGUUCUAAGCCAGCUGCGCCAUCCCAACGUGGUUUUGUUGCUUGGAGCCUGUCCUGAGAGUGGUUGUCUGGUCUAUGAAUACUUGGAAAAUGGAAGCUUGGAGGAAUAUAUUUUCCAUCAAAAUGGGAAAGCACCACUUCCUUGGUUCGUUCGGUUCCAGAUAGUUUUUGAAGUAGCUUGUGGACUUGCAUUCUUACAUAACUCAAAGCCAGAUCCAAUUGUCCAUCGAGAUCUGAAACCGGGUAAUAUCUUGUUAGACCGAAAUAAUGUGAGCAAAAUUGGAGAUGUUGGGCUUGCUAAAAUUAUUUCUGAUGUUGUGCCUGACGACAUCACGGAGUACAGAGAAUCAAUCCUUGCUGGUACACUCUGCUACAUGGACCCAGAAUAUCUUAGAACUGGCACCAUCCGACCCAAGUCAGAUUUAUAUGCUUUUGCGGUCAUAACCUUCCAGUUGUUAACAGGCCGCCAACCAAAUGGCCUACCAUCGAUUAUUGAAAAUGCCAUUACAAACGGCUCCCUUCCUGACAUCCUAGAUAAGUCAGUCAGAGAUUGGCCAUUGGCUGAAACAGAGGAAUUAGCUCAAAUUGCACUGAGGUGUUCCAAACUCAGAUGCAGGGAUAGACCAGAUCUUGACACCGAAGUUCUGCCGGUCCUCAAAAGAGUUAGUGAAGUUGCAAAAGCAAGUUUGAGAAUAGAAAGAGAGAAUAUUUAUGCACCAAAGCACUACUUCUGCCCAAUCCUACAGGAAAUCAUGGAUGACCCACACAUUGCUGCUGAUGGUUUUACUUAUGAGCACGAAGCAAUUAAGGCAUGGCUCAAGAAACAUAAUGUAUCCCCUGUGACAAGACUCAGACUCCACCAUUUUACUUUAACUCCAAACCACACUCUACAUUAUGCCAUCCAGGAGUGGAGAUCACGUGUGACAUUUUCACAUGCCUAGAAGUGGGUGGGGGAUCUAGGUUGAGAAAUUACUUGGGGCUAGUUUGGGUAGUCGAGUACUAUCUAUUACUAUUUAUUAUUUUAUUAUUAUUUUUUAUUAUUAUUCACAGAAGAGAAAUAAUUCAUGUAAAAAAGUAGAUCUCACCUUUAAAAAGUGUAA